AUGCCAUCCCCACUGGGCCCCCCACGCCUGCCCUCUGUGGACCCCGUGGCUAUCCUGGAGGAGCCUGAGGCAGCGCGCCUGCGCUUCCGGGGAUUCUGCUACCAGGAGGUGGCAGGUCCCCGUGAGGCCCUGGCCCGGCUCCGGGAGCUAUGCCGCCAGUGGCUGCGGCCCGAGGCACACUCCAAGGAGCAGAUGCUGGAGCUGCUGGUGCUGGAGCAGUUCCUGGGCACGCUGCCUCCUGAGAUCCAGGCCUGGGUGCGGGGCCAGCGGCCCGGCAGCCCUGAGGAGGCCGUAGCCCUGGUCGAGGGCCUGCAGCAUGACCCUGGGCAGCUGCUGGGCUGGAUCACAUCCCAUGUCCUGAAGCAAGUGGUGCUCCCGGCAGCACAGAAGACGGAGGAGUCUUUGGGGAGCUCCCACCCUUCAGGGACAGUGGAGCUCCUCAGGGCAACCUCUGGGGAGGCCUCACAGGACACCCACGUGGAGAAGUCUGCCCAGCUUAGCUGCAGUGUGAAGGAGGAGCCAGAUGCUGAUGGGCAGGAUAUGGCACCUUCCAACCCCCUAGAUCCAGCCCAGUCCCACGAGGGGCACCCUGGACACCGGGAACCAGCCUCCAUGUCCUUCCAUCCACCCAGGAUUCAGGAGGAAUGGGGGCUACUGGACCCGUCACAGAAGGAACUAUACUGGGACGCAAUGCUGGAGAAGUACGGCACGGUGGUCUCCCUGGGGAUACCAGCCCCCCCGCCGGAGGCACGGGCUGAGUCGGGGCCAGGGGCCGUGCGUACAGGGACAGAGGGUCGAAGAAACCUCCACCCGGGUGAGCACUGCGAGGGUCCGCCCCACUGCCCAGAGGCCCAGCCACCCCGGGGCCCGGGGUCUGUCACCUGGGAGGGCCCGUCUGGGGCCUGUGUGUCUGCCAGGGCAAUGCUGGGAGCAGAGCUGGAGCCUGGUGCCCCGAGGAGGAAGCCUUACACCUGCGAGCUGUGUGGCCGAGGCUUUGACUGGAAAUCAGUCUUUGUCAUCCACCACCGGACGCAUGCAGAUGGGCAGGGUACACGGGCCCCGGCACUGGCCGUCGGGGGUGCUCAGAAGCUGCCACAGGGUUCCCAGGAGCCAGGCACACCCCGGUACCCCCGGCGCGUGCUCCCAGGGCCCCGGAGCUAUGCGUGUGAGGAGUGUGGGCGCAGCUUUAGCUGGAAGUCGCAGCUGGUCAUCCACCGCAAGAGCCACGCGGGUCAGCGGCGCCACUUCUGUGGAGACUGCGGCCGUGGCUUCGACUGGAAGUCCCAGCUGGUCAUCCACAGGAAGAGCCACCGCUUUGUGAUACUGUGUGUGGACAACCCAGCCAAUGUCUCCCAGAUGUCUGACCUGCAGAACGCGCCCUCGGUGCCCAGGCGGCUCUUCCGGAACCUGGGCCAGAAGACUCCAGAGCAGGCUGGCCACACGGAGGCCACACCCGAGCACAGGCCUCCGGAGGCGGAGCUGGGGUCGGCCCUCCCGGGCUCGCCGCCCGAGCGCCACCGCCUCGGGGCCGCUUGGGUGCAGGCCGGGCUCCCGGGACCCCGAGCGCAGGACGCCCAGCCAGGCGACUCCCCACCUCAGGCGCACCGGCCCACGAAAGCGGGGGCGCGCCCGCGGGACUCCAUUUCCCAGCGCGCUGCGCGGAGCCGCCUGGCCGUGGCCACGGACGUCGGAAAGGGCUCCGCCCACCCGGCCGCAGAGCGCGCGGGAACUACGCUUCCCAGAAGGCGCCGCGCGUGCGUCCGCGGCGCGCAUUGGGCCAGUGAGGGCUUGCGGGGGCUGGACUUCCGGCGUCCGGGACUGUCACUUCGCUGCGGGGCGUGGGGCCACACCGGUGUUGGGGACUGGAGCGCGGCGGCUCCGGGUCGGCCUUCCAGGAGCCUUGGAGAGCCAGGCGAGGGCCGCGACGAGGGCGCGAGCGGAGGGCCGCUAGGCGCACGCCGUGGUCCCCGGCGACGGGGAGACGGCGUCCUGGGCGUCUGUGCCCCCGACGGCGGAGAGACUGAGGCCCGGAGCCGGGACGUCCGCGUAGCCGUCGCUUUCUGCGCGUCCCCAAGUACAGGUUCUGAUGGCGACCGCGGCGCUGACGGACCCGGCGCAGGGGCCGGGCGCUGCCACAGCCCAGGUGGCGGAAGACGGCACCUGCGGCACACCGGGCCAGUGGAGAUGGGGAAAGUGGUUGGAUUCUGGAGAGAUCUGAUGUCUCAGGGCCUGAUGGCCUUUGAGGAUGUGGCCGUGUACUUCUCCCAGGAGGAGUGGGAGCUCCUGGACACAGCCCAGAGGGCCUUGUACUGCCACGUGAUGCUGGAGAACUUCACACUUGUGGCCUCGCUGGGACUGUCUGCCUCACGACCCCGGGUAGUCAUCCAGCUUGAGCGUGGCGAGGAGCCCUGGGUUCUCGGUGGGACAGUUGCGACACCAGCCAGGAAUGCUCACAGGAAGCCCAGCCCUGGUUCCCGUCACCUGGCAUACGACAGGGUUGUUCCAGGAGAAGCAGUACUGCCAGGGGCCUUCCAUGACGGCUCCCCUCCAGCACCUACGAGGGUCCUCCCCUUCGUUGGCAUCUGUGACCGUGGGAAAAGCCUGGAGGGCUGGCGGGGCACCUCCCCCUCUCAGGAGAGAAAACCCACAGGGGUGUCUGUAAUCUACUGGGAACGGCUCCUGCUAGGUCCUGGCAGUGGGGAGGCCAGUGUCAGUCUGCGGCUGACCUCCCCACUGAGGACGAACCAGGAGAGCCAACCCAGGGAGAAGGCCCUAAUAAAACGCCCCAAACCAGCCAAACACCGAAGGGCAUCCCAGAACCAGAAGCCAUACGCGCGGGAAGCCCCCCAAAGAGCCUUCCCAAAAAUCCCAGAACUUGAGGCUAGUCACACCACCGGGGAAGGAAGAAAGAGUCCAGCUACCCACAAGCCUCAGAGACUCCCUGAUACCCACAAGCCCCCAACCUGGGAUCAGCUGGGCAAGGCCCUCCACCCAGGCCCUGGCCUCCUUCCCGGGGAGAAGCCCUUCGAAUGCAGGGCGUGCAACAAAGUAUUCGUGAAGAGCUCGGACCUGCUCAAGCACCUGCGCACACACACUGGAGAGCGGCCAUACGAAUGCGCGCAGUGCGGCAAGGCCUUCAGCCAGACGUCGCACCUGACGCAGCACCAGCGCAUCCACAGUGGUGAGACGCCCUACGCGUGCCCGGCCUGUGGCAAGGCCUUCCGGCAUAGCUCCUCACUGGUGAGGCACCAGCGCAUACACACAGCCGAGAAGUCCUUCCGCUGCAGUGAGUGUGGCAAGGCCUUCAGCCACGGCUCCAACCUCAGCCAGCACCGCAAGAUCCAUGCAGGCGGGCGGCCCUACGCGUGUGCCCAGUGUGGCCGCCGUUUCUGCCGCAACUCACACCUCAUUCAGCAUGAGCGCAUGCACACGGGGGAGAAGCCUUAUACUUGUGCCCUUUGUGGUGCUGCCUUCAGCCAGGGUUCCUCACUCUCCAAGCACCAGCGUGUACACACAGGCGAGAAGCCCUUCGCCUGCGCACAGUGUGGCCGCGCCUUCAGCCACAGCUCUAACCUCACGCAGCAUCAGCUGCUGCACACGGGCGAGCGGCCCUUCCGCUGCGGGGACUGCGGGAAGGCUUUUGCCAAGGGCGCGGUGUUGCUCAGCCACCGACGCAUCCACACGGGUGAGAAGCCCUUUGUGUGCGCACAUUGUGGCCGCGCCUUCCGCGAGCGCCCGGCCCUCUUCCACCACCAGAGGAUCCACACGGGAGAGAAACCUGUGCGCAGACCCCGGCGUGGGGCAGGCCUGACCCCCCAGGCCAGGCCUUCUUCGGUGGUGUCAUCAGAGGGCUCACUGGGGAGGGAAGCGGGGUCCACUUCUGCCUCAGGUCCAGCCGCAGUUUCGAAGCCUGCUGAAGCCUGA